GGUGCCUGGAGCUGCGGGCCCUGGUGGACGCCGCCGAGCCGCUCGCCGCCGACGAGGAGGUCGGCCCCGACGACGUCGUCGCGCUGCCCUACUCCUCCGGCACCACCGGGAUGCCCAAGGGCGUCAUGCUCACGCAUCGCAGCCUCGUCACCAGCGUCGCGCAGCAGGUGGACGGCGAGAACCCGAACCUGUACUUCAGCAAGGAUGACGUGGUGCUGUGCGUGCUGCCGCUGUUCCACAUCUACUCGCUGAACUCGGUGCUCCUGGCGGGGCUGCGCGCCGGCUGCGCCAUCGUGAUCAUGCGCAAGUUCGAGAUCGGCGCGCUGGUGGAGCUGGUGCGCGCGCACGGCGUGACCGUGGCGCCCUUCGUGCCGCCCAUCGUGGUGGAGAUCGCCAAGAGCCCCCGCGUGGGCGCCGCCGACCUCGCCUCCAUCCGCAUGGUCAUGUCCGGCGCCGCGCCCAUGGGGAAGGACCUCCAGGACGCGUUCAUGGCCAAGAUCCCCAACGCCGUGCUCGGCCAGGGGUACGGGAUGACCGAGGCGGGGCCCGUGCUGGCCAUGUGCCUGGCCUUCGCCAAGGAGCCGUUCGAGGUCAAGUCCGGCUCCUGUGGCACCGUCGUCAGGAACGCGGAGCUGAAGAUCGUCGACCCAGACACCAGCGCGUCGCUGGGACGGAACCAGCCAGGCGAGAUAUGCAUCCGCGGCGAACAAAUCAUGAAAGGUUAUCUGAAUGAUCCAGAGGCGACAAAGAACACCAUUGAUAAGGACGGAUGGCUGCACACCGGGGACAUUGGUUAUGUGGACGAUGACGACGAGAUCUUCAUCGUUGACAGGCUGAAGGAGAUAAUCAAAUACAAGGGCUUCCAAGUACCUCCUGCGGAGCUUGAAGCCCUUCUCAUCACACAUCCUGAAAUCAAGGAUGCCGCUGUUGUCUCGAUGAAAGAUGAAGUCGCCGGCGAAGUCCCGGUGGCAUUCAUUAUACGCAGUGAAGGCUCUGAGAUCAGUGAGAACGAGAUCAAGCAGUUUGUUGCAAAGGAGGUCGUGUUCUACAAGAGGAUCAACAGAGUUUUCUUCACGGAUUCUAUCCCGAAGAAUCCCUCCGGCAAGAUUCUUAGGAAGGACCUGAGAGCGCGGCUUGCCGCGGGCAUCCCAAGCAGUGACAACACACAGUCCAAAAGUUGAUACGUACUUUCGUACUAUUCUUUUCUAGCUGUGCCAAAAAUCAUGCUGUGCUCUAUUCAUGAGAUGGCAAUGGUAUACACAAAACGCCAAGCGGUCGUUAUCGAUUCUUCUAGAUGGGCAAGGGUAAGGUAUACUUCGUUUGUGUCCGACAUAUUAUGUAUUUGUAUCAUGUAUAGAUACGUUUUGUUGACAACAAGUGCUAAUUAUAAUGUAUACCAUGUUUGGGAACCUAUUGUUCUUGUUAAUAAAGAGUCGACCCCUGUCCUG